CUUUUUCUCGGGGCGUCAGGUUUCCAGCUCCUAUACCCCUUUUCAGUAUUUUCUCUCGAGGAGAUGGGGGACGCAUACUGGAACCGACAUGCGGCUUUGCAUCAAUCACCAGGCUUACUCAAACGGCCUCGUUCUGACUAUGAGGUUACCCCAGCAUUGCCAAUGUCUCACGAAAUGCCAAAUUACUUUAGACGGGAUGAUGACCGCGGCAUGCCUCAGCUAAAGGAUACACAGACAAUUGGAUCAGCAUAUGAUCGUUAUCUGCAGAGUUCGCAUGCACCUUCUUUCUCUACUGGAGAGGCUAGUAACUACAAAGGAGCAGGGUUUAGAAGAGCAGGAGGAGUUGACGUCACGACAGCACAUGAUCCUGUUGCAAUGGCUCACGGUGCUUUUGGACCAGAACUCGUAACUAAUGGUAGAAGUAUGGAAUAUGUUGGCCAUAUGCCGAUGGAUGCAAUGGGGAGACCUCAUGAUACACUACCCUUGCCUCCUGAUGCGUCAAACACAAUAUAUGUUGAGGGACUUCCUCCUGACUGCACUAGAAGAGAAGUUGCACAUAUAUUUCGCCCAUUUGUUGGCUACAAAGAAGUCAGACUGGUUAAGAAGGAGUCCAAACAUCGUGGUGGAGAGCCUUUAGUUCUUUGUUUUGUUGAUUUUGGUGAUGCAGCUUGUGCAGCCACUGCUUUGAGUGCCGUGCAAGGGUAUAAGUUGGAUGAGCAUGACCGUGAUGCACCCUACUUGCGGCUACAGUUCUCAAAGUACCCAGGGGCAAGAUCAGGCGCUGGUGGACGUGGCAAGAGAUGAAGAAAACAAGCAACUGUGUAAUCAUUGUAUUUCUGAACCAGCAAGAAACAAUUUGGUACAAUUCUAUCCCUGUGGGUGGCUGGUUUAUGGAGUUGAAAGUUUUGAAGGCUUUUUGCUUUUGAGUACUUGUAGAACCGAGUAUUUUCCAUCUUCAGUAAAGAGCAUUUGUAUGUUGUACACUAUUGCUCCUAGUCAGUAGUCCGUAAUGCUGACAGAUUAAUCAUUUAUAACGCCAAUAAUAGAAUUGUGUGGUUCGGUCGAACUGAUUUUGAUUUUGUUAUGAUCUUAUGAUUAUGCGAAGAAAGGGUAAAUGGCUGGUCUUGCA